AUGCAGGGUAUUUUGGUACUAUGUUUGACGCUUACAUGCGCUUUUGCGGCGGAAACUGAACGCCCAUCACCCUUCCAGUUUAUCACGACAACUUCUCGUUAUAAUCCGGCUUUGUAUUACAAUUUUGGAAGAUACACGACGACUGCUUCUGAUAAUUCUGGUCGGUAUAAUCCUGGUCGCUACGACCCCGAGCGUUAUAACUCUGGACGCUAUGAUGCAGGUCGUUACGACCCGGGUAAAUACGACCCCGGUCGUUAUGAUCCUAGUAAAUAUGACAAAUCUGGGCGUUACAUUCCUGACGAUUCUGGCAAAUAUAAUGGUGAUCGCGGAGACCGUGGUGGUGCCGGUGGUUUCUAUACUGGUUCCGGUACUGCGGGUGGCCCUGGAGGUUUCUACACAGGUUCCGGUACUGCGGGUGGCCCGGGAGGUUUCUACACAGGUUCCGGUACUGCGGGUGGCCCAGGAGGUUUCUACACAGGUUCCGGAACUGCAGAUGGCCCAGGAGGCUUUUACAAUCCACAAGGGGAUAAUGGCUCUUCCGACGGCGGACGUGGUGGAUCGGAUGGAACUUACGAUGGAAAUGCUUUCACUGGAUCUGACAACAGCGGUACCACUAAUACUGUUUCUUCGUUUCCGUCAACAAUCACCGAAUUCGCCGCAACACCCACAAAAGCGCCUCAACCUACUACAACACUUUCCCCUAGUCCUUCUCCAUCUUCCAGUCCGUCACUGAGCCCAUCAACAAGUCCGAGUUCAUUUCCUGAGUACAGUUCAACAACAACGCCUGUACCUAGGCAACCACCGCUAGUUGCGAUAAUAAGUAAAAUGAAUAAGGGUAAAUAUGAAUAUAAAUAUGGUAUUAUCCGUUUAGAAAAUGAUUAUCUGCCUCCCGAUGGAUAUCACUACCUUUAUGAAACUGAGAACACAAUUCUUGCUGAGGAAUCUGGGAAAGUCGAAAAAAUUGAUAAUGAAAACUAUGGUACAAGGUCGAGAGGAUUCUAUCAAUUCGUUGCUCCCGACGGAGUUACUUAUAGAGUUGAUUACACUGCAGAUGAGCGUGGUUUUAUACCCGUUCGCACUCGUAUACCUUAG